CAACGGAGGCCUUUGACAGAUGAUGAGAUGCGUAUUGCUCAUAAUUACAUCUUGAUCAAUUGUGUUGAUGUUCUACCUUUUUUAAGGUUGUUUGAAAAUUAUGUGAUCCAAAGCCAACCUGAUAUGGAUGAUGGAGCAUUUGAAAGGUUUAGGGAUCAACAUUUUGCUAAGUGGUUUAAAGAUCAUGUUUUUCAACAAUCAAAUGAUAUCAGUCAACAUCUGAAAUGCCUUGCACGAGGACCAUUACGACAUGUUAGGUCCUAUAAAGGAUACUUUGUCAAUGGUUACAAGUUUCAUACUGAAAAAUAUGGGGAUGGACGGGUCACACACAAUAGUGGUGUAUGUGUAAGAGGGACUUGUUACAAUGAGACUGAGUGUGACUAUUAUGGGUUGUUGGAUGAGGUCUUAGAAGUAGAAUAUCAAGGCAUAGGGCGUUGCGUCGUAGUAUUGUUCAAGUGUAUAUGGUUUAACCCUACUGAAGGGGUACAUGUGGAUCGAAAGCAUAAUUUGGUUGAUAUUAAAUACAAAUCAAGGCUAAGAAAUGAAGAUCCGUUUAUCCUAGCGUCACAAGCAGAACAAGUGUAUUAUGCACCAUAUCCCGCAAUGAAGGAUUUGAAAGAUUGGUGGGUUGUCGUCAAGACGAAACCAAGGGGUGUAUAUGAUCUACGACAAUGUGUUAUUGAAGAAGAUGAUGAUGAGGAUGAAGAGGACCAAUUCUUUCAAGAAAGUGAAGCAAUUUUACCUUCUACAAGUAGCGGUGCAAAUGAGGUGGCAGGACCCCUUUCUCAUGUAAUUGAAUGA